AUGUCCAACGUAAUCGAGGCUUUGCAUGGAUGUGUACAGCAAGUAUUUUAUUGGAGUGAUAGCACGACUGUAUUGACUUGGAUAAGAGCACAACCUUCCAAGUGGAACGUAUAUGUGGCGAACCGUGUAGCGGAGAUCCAACAUUGGUCUACAAUAAGCCAAUGGCGUUAUGUACCCACACAUGAUAAUCCGGCAGACUGUGCGUCGAAAGGUGUAAUGCCGCGUGAUUUACCCAAUCAUACGCUUUGGUGGAACGGACAAGCUUGGCUAAAAGCACAUAUCAUUACACUACAUGGCGGCGUUCAGCUCAUGCUCAACUACGUGCGCAGAAAAUAUUGGGUGUCGAACGCGCGUCAUCUUGCUCAAGUCAUCAUAAAACGUUGCUUGACUUGCUACAAGUACACUACCAAAACAGCAGAACAGUUGAUGGGCAAUCUUCCGCCGGUGAGACUUAUACCCGCGCGACCCUUUUUGCAUAGUGGCGUCGAUUACGCUGGUCCUAUUGAUAUACGCCAAUCAUCACUAAGGAACGCAAAAGUAUCGAAGGGUUACAUAUGCAUAUUUGUUUGCAUGGUAACUAAAGCCAUACAUUUGGAGGCAGUAUCCAGUCUCACCACCGACGCCUUUGUGGCCGCCUUUCGCCGAUUUACUUCUAGAAGAGGAAAAUGUACGCAGAUAUAUUCGGACCGCGGCACAAACUUUGUUGACGCGAGCAAUGCAUUGCAAGUUAUGCAACAAAGCAACUUGUCAUCGUUACCACAAGACCUCAAGGCAAUUCUAGCUAGCGAAGGCAUAACAUGGAACUUCAUCCCUCCUGCUUCACCACAUUUCGGAGGAUUGUGGGAGGCGGGGGUAAAGUCAACUAUAUACCAUUUUAAGCGAAUAAUACAGGACCGCGCCUUAAACUUUGAGGAGCUGUGCACAUUGCUAUGUCGAAAGCUGGAUGCUUUAACACCAGCUCAUUUUUUAAUUGGCGAGCCAACCAUCAAUAUUCCUGACGAAGCGCUGCUUGAAUUCACAACUAGAGGAGUAAGUCGUUGGCGUAUGGUGGAACAAUACAAGCAACACUUUUGGCGACGUUGGUAUGCUGAGUAUCUUAGUAGACUACAGAGCCGUCCCAAGUGGACAACAGUACGCGCUAAUAUUAAAAUAGGCGAUCUUGUACUAUUAUACGAUGAAAAAACUCCGCCUGGCAAGUGGCCUUUGGCACGUAUUGCAGAUGUUCAUCCAGGUCAAGAUGGUUUAGUACGCGUAGUUACUCUUAAAUGCAACGACAA